CUCAAGAGUCUUCUCCAACACCACAGUUCAAAAGCAUCCAUUCUUCGGUGCUCAGCUUUCUUUAUAGCCCAACUCUCACAUCCAUACAUGACUACUGGAAAAAACAUAGCUAAUACUGAUCUUAUCAUUAUGUAGGUAAAAUACCAGCUCAUAUCUUAUCACUCUAUUCUGUAUUUUUUGGUCAGGCCAGUAUUGUCCUAGUAAAACAAUUCCUCCCCCACCCAAAGCCCUGAGUUGCAGCAUUUGCUGAUUUCCAUGGUGUAAAUGCUUUCGGGAUACCCAGUUUCAAACUUCCAAGCAACCGCUCUGGAGUUGCUGAGCACAGAGCUGGGAAGAGAUGCACACAGUUGCUCAAGUCAGUGCGAGCUGGCUCCAGAGCACCCCUGGGUCAGAGCGAAGCAUGUGUUGCAACAGUACAGGAUAGGAUGGUUGACAGUGGAAUCUACAAGCAUGUAGAACAGAGGGAAAAUAGUUUCUCCUGGGAAUGACUAACAGAACUCAUUCAGAAAGUGAUUACAUGAGCAGCAUGUUUCAGUCCUGUUUUUCUGUCCUUGCUCCGUACUCUGUCGUCAUACUGAGGACAGAAAUCUUUUCCUAGUUGCUUGUGCCCAAUUGGCAGUGGGGUGCAGAGGUGGAGGGUUGAGUGGUGGGCCUCCCUAAUGACUUUUGAAUAUCAAAUUGUUUCUUUAACCAGUAGUUUAAAGUUUUGGUUUCGGACAUAGUGCCCAUGUUUGUGAAAAUGUCUCCUUUCCUCCCUUCCCUUCUCCCUCCCUCCCUCCCUGUCUUCUUUAUUCCCUUCCCUGUGACCUCACAAGUAUUUUCUAUCAUCUGUUUUGUAAUCCUAACAACCCCCAAGGGAUCAUCAGAAGAGGUAAUAGUAUUCCUGUUCUGCAAAAAUGGUAGAGACAUUAGAAAACUGCUAUCCUUCAUAAAUUUCUAUCAUGUUAUUAAUGUCAUCGGUAAUACAUAAUUUUGUUAUUUGGAAACCUUCAUUGUUAUUCAGACACCCCCACGUCUUUAAUAUUUUUUGAGUGGAGAGGGUCAUUUCAACCUCUGGCCACCUGUCCUUUGUUGUCACACAGUUAAUUUUCUCCUCUGCCUCAUGGUUGUUGAAAAUUGUAUCACACUGUAUCUAGGAAAUUGCAUUACUGUGCUAUAAAUACAUUUCUGAGAACUUUUAAUUAAGUGAUGAUACCUAGAACUUUCUCAUUAUAGUUCAAUCUCUAGAGAUGAUAAAACAGAAUCCUCUUGAGAAGCUGUUUUGUUUCCAAUGGCUCGGCACUGGAACAAGCAUAAUUCUGUUGCAAACCAUCUCUGAAUUAUUAGAGUGACACCAGCUGAGGAGUGUGUCAAUGUAGUGGCUUAGAAAAACCCAGGUCUUCUUACUAAAGACUUCUUCAAAGUUUUCCAAGUGCCUUAUGACUCCAGCUGAAGAAGCAGCCAGCUGAGCUCACUGACUCGCCAUUUACCAUGAAGUCCUCUGUGGAUGUGCUUGAAAUCGUCACUUGCAUCCUUCUAAUCCUUGUGAGCUUUGUUGGAAACCUGUGUUUAUUUUAUUCUACAAGGAAGUGUAUGACCGGGCGUCCAGAGACAUCCUUUCUUCUGAUUUUCAGUCUUAUAUUUGUCCACCUCAUUAAGAACUUGGUGGUGAAUGUCAUGAAAAUUGUUUAUUCUUCUGGUUGCAUGUUGGAUUCAUCUGGCUGCAAAGUUCUGCGCUUCACGGCAGCGCUGACGACAUCCCUGGCCAUCUGGUUCAUGUUACACUUCGCGUUGCUCUACCACCAGAAGCUGUACCAGACUCUCCACCCCUUGAGUGAGCCUCCAAACCCGGACCAUCAGAAGCAUUCCUUGAAGGUGGUUUCUGCACUUUGGGUGGCAGGCAUGGCAGUCUACAUUCCCGUUUUACUCUAUACUAGAAAAUCAGAAUACCUGAAUGCAGAAAAUGCUACAGACCCCUUGUCUACAAACAGGAUUCACAUGGAUUGUGUAACCGACUUUGGAAACAAGCAAGUAGAAUUUUACUAUGAGGAAGUGUUUUUGGUUCUGAUUGAUGUUCUUCCUUUAGCCACCUUAGUCUUUGUCUGUUUCUGGAUGUCUUUUCUGCUUUCGGAGAGAAAGAAGAUGACAUACGGUGACAUCUGGAUUGGAGACGAUGAUUCAGAGAUUGAAAUCCUUAGAGGGGCCAAGUUUAGUAUUUUAUUAAUGUGGCUGAUCACUCCACUUUGGAUUUCUCAUUUUAUCUUAGUCUAUUUCUUGAAAGGCUUGGCAGCCUGUGUCUUUUUUCCAGCUGUCCUCACAGCCCUCUCUUCAGGCUUCUCUGCGCUCAGUCCAUUCCUGCUUAUGCUGGUGAAUUACAGAAUAAAGUUGGUGUCUUUCUGUGAUGCCAAAGAGAAAAAACCCACACCACAGCCUGCAAAUGUUAUUCUCUCUCCAUAUGCUUAAUGGCAAAAAAAAAAACCUCUGCUUUAACUUUGGGGAGUCAGACCAAACUUCCACAAUGCUCAUCAACAGAUAAUUUCUGAAAGAAGGACUAAAAGACUGACUUCUCCUCAGAAAAAGACUUCUGAGGGAAACAGUGCAAGAAGAAGACAUUUGAACUUGAAGUUAUUAUAAGUUGAAGAAAAAUAGUCAUCUCAACAUUUGUGAUUUCAGACAAUACCACAGUUUUUAGUGUAGGACCCAACAAUGAUCAUAGUCUGGAAGUGAACUCAACAAACAAUGUAUUAAGUAUUUACUCUAUGUAAGAAAUUAUGUUAAAAAGCAGCAUAUUGUAAAAACUGAGGAUUACACUGCCUCGCUGAAUUCCUUUAAAGGUACUUAACAGUAAUCUUAUGUUUUCAUCUUGUGUUUUUUCUUGACAUGCUAUGACAUAUAUUGGAAGUGUAUUAGUUAAGUAUACAGUGUUCAUUUUUGCACUUUUAAUCACAGUACCUCACCUAAACUAGAAGCAGAUUCUGUUCAUUUCCCUUUCUCUAAUUAUCCUUAGUAAAUUCGGCUAGAGAAAACCUUUGGAUGAAACAAUCAGUGCUUGCUAAAUCAUAUUCUUUCUGUAUGUACAGAUGUGCAAAUAUUUGGUUACUACAGACAUUUAACCCACUCUUCUUACUUAAUCACCUUAACUUGCAACUUUCCUCCUUCUUCAGAAAAAAAGAUAUUUAUUUUAAUAGACUUUAUUUCCUCUUUUGGUUAUUAAGUUGGUACAUUUUAAUUGGAAGAAUUGACAAGUAUCCAUAGUAAUCUAUUUUUCUAAACUUAGAUUUAAUAAAAAAAUAAGCACAUUAUAAUUUAAAAUAUAUGACCAGGAUUUUAUCUUUUACAGUUAGCCAGUAUAGCCAUUUGGACUGCUUCAGAUUCAAUAAAUAAUAAUUUUAUAUAUCUUAUGAUGCAUAUAUGUGGUAUAAGCAUUGAAUUUUAAGUUAAUUUUUACUCAAUUCUUGCAUUUCAUUUUCCUUCUUUUUAAGUAGACUUGGGAUUAAUUGCAUUAUGGUUCUAGUGACUGGAUGCCCCUAAGUUGGGGUUCUUGCUCUGAAAAGGCUCCUUCUAAAAUUUUAAACCUGGAUCUCAUUAACAGGAGAAAUGUAGAACAUCCUUGUUGCCGUGAAGUGCUGUGGAGAAAGGAAUUUUUAAAGUAACCAAGGCCAAAUUUUGUAGGGUUCGGUAGGCCCUACAAAACGUCUUGUCCCUUGUAUAGCACUGAGAAUUAAAAUUCACACACACACAGACUUAAGACCUUCUGAGGUUUCUGGGUGGUCUUCAUGGGAAAUGCUUAGUUGAGUCCACUGAGGAAGUUUAAUCAGAAGGGCACUAUGCAUGGAGCCUAUAUAAUGAAGUUAACAUCUGUGGAGAUGGGGGAUGUGGGGAAGAGGUCACCAUCUUUUAAUUAAGUGCAGAUGUAGCUGGGGCUGGGACCAGCCAUUGAUCUUAGGUAGUAGUUCUCAAAUGUGGUUCUGGGACCAGCAGAAUCGGUAUCAUCUGGGAACUUGUUAGACAUGUAAAUUCUCAGGCCCCAGCCCAGAGCUACAAUUUGGGCAGUUGGACCCACCAACUUGUUUUCAAUAAGCCUUCUGGUUGAUUCUCAUGCAGGCUGAACUUUGAGAACCACUGGCCUAGAGUUACUUAGAAGUUUAAGCCUCACAAACAAUGAGAAGUGUUAGAACAAAGCCAAGAUAACGGACACCUGACGUAGUCUUUGAUGCUCCUGUACACAUGCUGUUAUGUCUAUUGCUCUCUAAAAUGGGAAUCAGGAUUGUCAUCUGUGUUGCAUACAUUCUCAAUAAUAAUUGCCAAACAAAUCGACUGUAAAAAUCAAGCAAUCUUUGCAAAAUCAAGAGGAAAGCAUGACCACUUCAGGUGUGCCAAAAAUCUGGAACUUGGAUUUGGAGAGUUUCCGGUACAUAACUCAGUAAUGGAUCUAGUUCCAGAGUUUCUUUCCAGAAGUCAGUGCAAGACAUGGCUGGCGGACACCCAGGCUCAACUUCCCAGUGCUGGAAAUGUUUCCUUUUCCUCCUCAGACAUGUUCUUUUGGCUUGGGCCUCAUUAGGUCAUAGUUUUGUCCUUGUGGAAUUGAUGUUUUCAUCUACAACAGAGAGUAAAUCAUAUUCUCACUGAAUGAACCACAUUCCAGUUCACUUUUUAAAAUUAUGUUCACUUUAACUCUCUGACUCUCUUUCACUCUCUUCCUCUCCCUUAACCUCCACAUUUCAUCUACAUUCCUGGUAGGACCAGGAUGAUAGAUGAAAUAGGGUAGAAGUGAAGUUCAACAAAGGUUGUCAUGGCGGCACCUUGGACAGGGCUCAGAGUUGGUCAGGACUAUCCUGAGGUCUUGGUUUGGGCCUCACAGAAUCUCUGACUUAGAAGGCCAUCUGUCCCUUCUUUCAAUGCAAGAUUCUCAUCUUUUUCCCUCAGAGAAUCCCUCCAAACCUCUGAAUGAAUAGUUUCUUGCUAGGGUGGUUGUGAUCUUAUCAAGAGGCCCAUCCCAUUUACACCCUUUCCAAACACCAUGAGUAAGAAGUAUUUACUGAGACUGGAAUCUCUGAAACUUCCUUCAAGAAGUUUCUUACCCUUGAAGGCAAAUCCUCCUCUUACCUGUCGGCUUCUAGGUUCUUAGAGAGAGAGGAGUGCUUUUCUCUUCUCCCGUUAGACAUUUCUUUAGCCAUGCCGUGUGAGGCAGAGCUUGCCAGCCUCUGGCUGUCUUGACUUCCUCACUCUGUCUUGGUAUAUUUCAGUUUGCCUGUGGCCUUCUUAAGUAGUGGCAGCCAGCACUGAACACAAUAUAUAUUCUCUUGUAUUUAUAUGUGUUUAUAUUUUUUCUACAUUCUUUUUAUCUUUUGUGUAGGUACUGUGAGCUUGGAUUCUUCCCUUCCUCUUCCAAAAAGAAUUUUAAAUAUUAAACUCACUUUAAAUCUCUCCCCCCAUUUCUCUCUCUCUCUCUCUCUCUCUCUCUCACACACACACACACACACACACACACACACGCACACACACACAGAAAUACAAAUUUAAAAGUACCAUUGUGUUAGGGCUUAAAAAUGAAGGUCCUUUCAGGCUCUAAAAUUCUGCUAUAAGUUAGUUCAUUCUCAGUGUCAGAUUUUAAAAAUAAUGAAAUACCCCCAAAUCAUUUGCAAGAAUUUUAAACUAUAGGCUAGGGUUCAAAACUACAAUAAGACCAUAUUUUAAAUCAAAUAUGCUUCAUUUUCUUUUUAAAAAAACUACAAAGAAAUGCAGCCUAUACUGUGGUGUUUUGUCUUUCUAAUAAGACAUAAGGAAAGAUGGUCAUAAUCAAAUUUUCUUUGAAGAUGAACUUGAGGUAUUAAACCAACUGGCUAUGGAAUAUAAUGCUUUAUAGGCCAGUUCAGGGAUACCUGUGGAUAAGGUAUGUUAGGUACACAAAGGUCUAUAUACUUUCCUUUAAAGAUGAUCAUGCCCACCAUUCUCUUUAGACUCUACUGGAGAGAGGAGCAAUUUAUUUGGAGUUACAGUUCUUGCACACCCAAAGCAGUACAGCUCAGGACUAAGGAUGCCUAUGGAAUUCUGGCCUACGUGGUUCAGAGACCAUGUUUUAGGACAGUCUAAGAUGCAAAUCACUGCAGGUGGUGACUGCAGCCAUGAAAUUAAAAGAUGCUUACUCCUUAGAAGGAAAGUUAUGACCAACCUAGACAGCAUAUUAAAAGAGAGACAUUAAUUGCCAACA